CGCAAAUGUGAAAAAAGCGACGAAAAACGGAUGGCAAACUUUUGCUUGCUUUCCAUCGUUUGUAAAAAAAAAUGGAUAUUAUUGUGCUAGAUUGCUGUCGAAUAACCGAAAAAUAGAUCGCAGUUGAACGUUUAUCCUUCGGGAUGUGUAAUAAUCUUUUUCUGCGACCGAUAAAUAUGCGAUAAUCACCUGUGAACGCCGAUAAAGGAUCGAUGCUUGUGGCUGCUGGCAUCAUGAAGAGCUGUGCGUAAACAUUACCGUAGUGUCAUAUUUGGUUUUCGUGUGAGAGCGUUUUGUAAUAAAUAAUAUUCGAAGAUAAUCAGGCGAACCAAUGCGCUAACAGCAUGAGAAGGAUGAGUGUGGCAUGCUCGAGCAAUAGGUGAUACAUCAGCGCUUCCCCGGAAUACUUCAGCAGACGUAGUCAUCCAGUACAAUUUACAAGAACAGUGGCUCUGGGUUAUGGUGAAGCAAAGUGGCUCGGAAAGAGCAAAACAAAAAAUGAGUUAUGAGUAAUUUAAAAUCCCUCGAUGUUUUCCGUUUUCCUCCCUCUCAUGGCGGUCGCCGAUCUUGCAGAAUGUAUUAAUUGUGGGUUUGUUGCUAAUACUAAAUAAGAGUUGAAAAAAAGUAUAACGAUGCAAAACGAUCACUGUCUGGAUACUGCGCAUAGGGAGUGUUUUUGUGCUGUCUUGAAAGUGUGUGUGUGCAUAAUAUCUCGUUCCCUGUACUCGUCCAAAUCCAGUGAGCGAAUCUUAUAAUUAAUCCCAGUAACAGUACCGAUCAGAUCCGCAAACACGAUAAGUGCGGAAAUCGUUGUACGUUAUCACGAGUACAGCUAUCGGGAGAGCAGCAGCAGCAGCAGCAGCGGAUCCAAUUUCUCCUCGUGGGUCUUCAGCCAGGGCAGCGGUGGCCAUGGACGGCGUACGGGCGUUGGACAUUCUGCCACUGCUGCAGGAACGCUUCGCGCUGCUCUCCGGUGGCCGGGACAACCGAGGCGGCCCGAUCAUCUGUUUCCCGGCCACUACCAAGCGGGAACGAGUGAAACCCGAGGAUAUCAAACGGGUAGUGAGCUAUUUCAUCGGAUUACCGGGUGAUGACUGCAAAAAGCAUGGUUUCACCAUCAUCAUCGAUAUGCGUGGUAACAGCAACACUGCCGCCAGUGCGAAAAUGAUCCUCAAAGUUCUGCAGGAAAACUUCGGCUCGGACAUCAUCCAUCAAGCUGUCAUCAUCAAACCGGAUAAUUUCUGGCAGAAACAGCGCUCGUCGAUUGCCAGCAGCAAGUAUAAGUUUGAGACGACAACAAUUUCGAUCCAGUCACUGAAUAAGGUGGUAGAACCGUCUCAGCUCACCUCGGACUUCGACGGAUUCCUGUACUACGAUCACAACAUGUGGAUGGAUCUGCGAGUCGCCUUUGAAGAUUUCCUCUGGCAGGCCAGUGAUAUCCUCGACCGAAUUGAUGACUUGCAGGAGGAUCUGCAGCAUUCGGACUUUCCGGAGGAUGCCAACAGCGUCAACUAUAGUAGCGAAAAUCACAACGAAAUGAGACGCAAAAUUUUGAAACUGCCCAUCGAAGAUCUCGAUCUGCUUGGACAAAAGCUGCUGGGAAAAUUCACCUCGUACUCGAAUCGAAACGAUGAAAGCUGUCACUCGACAGCGUCACCUUCCAAAUGUCACAAUCCGGAUAUUUCCUCAGCGCUGAAUCAGGUACUUCAGCAGCUGGAAACCGUUCGGAAUGCUCAGCAGCAGUUGCUCAACAUGUGGCAACACCGGAAGACCACACUAGACCAGUGCUUCCAGCUGCGGCUUUUCGAGCAAGACUGUGAAAGGAUGUUCAACUGGUUUCUGCACAAUCGGGAUGUUUUUCAGCAGACUUACAUCGAGAUUGGUCACAACCACAAGCAGGCCAAUAAAGUGCAGGAAGAUCAUCAGGAGCGAUUCGUGAUGCCUUCGCGAAAUGUACCCGACAACACUAGCCGAAUAUUGGUUGUUGCCGGUAAACUAAUUGAAAGUAACCAUUAUGCUGCUCAACAUAUUCGGACGCUCGCGACGAGGCUAGACAAAACCUGUAAGGAUUUUAUGACUAUGUUGGACGAGCGGACGGCUGUUCUAUCGCUUUCGGUUGUUUUUCAUCAUAAGGCCGAACAAUAUACGGAAAGCGUUAGCAGUUGGGCGGCAGCGUGUGAGGCAACAAUUCCAACGCCGACAAGCGUGGAAAGUCUGGAAACGGCAAUUCGUACGCAUCAAUCUUUAUACGAGGCGAUGUGUCAGGCCUACACGGAGGUUCAUUCGACCAGUAAAAAGCUACUGUACCAGUUGGACCAUUUAGUGCAGGUGUGUAACCAGCCGCCGGCUGUCAACACACGGAGAAAUGAUAAUUCUCACUUCAAUGGUGGCAAUCCGGCGGCUGACUACAGUAGAGGUGCAUCACACGUGCUUACCGUUAUUCAUCAAAUACUCGGACAUCACCAACAGUUGGAAAUUAAGUGGCACGCUGGCAAGCUGCGUUUGCACCAAAAACUGGCCUUACGGUUGUUCCAGGAAGAUGUCAAACAAGUACUCGAUUGGCUACAGAAUCAUGGUGACGUAUUUCUGCGAAAAAAUCGCGGUAUAGGAAAAAGCUUACAGAAAGCUCGAAUAUACCAGACAAGUCACGAGCAUUUCGAGAAUGUGGCCCAAAAUACCUAUCGCAAUGCAGAAAAAUUAUUAGCAGCUGCAAAGGAACUGGCUAGAUCAGGAGAAGUAGCUCCGCAGGAAAUUUAUUCAGUAGUGAGAGAGUUGGAAACAAAUGUGGCUUCAUUUGCCGAACGGGUCGAACAAAGGCGAAGAAGGCUAGAUUUAGCAGUUCUUUACUAUACGAAUGAGAAAAAAAUCUCCGCUUGGUUAGAACAGUUACAUGCCGAAAUGUCUAAUGAAGAAUCGAUGGAACUAGCAAAUGAACAUUUAGACGGGACGGAACGAAUGCUUGAGCAAUGCAAAGAGCAAGAAGAAAAUACACUUAAAACGUGUAUUCAAGCUAUAGCGCAAGGGGAGGCUCUUUUACAGGAACUUGGAGCUAUCGAAGAAGAAGAUUCCGCCGGAUCACUCACAGCGGUCCAAAACGCAUUGGAACGUAUUCAGAAGAAUCGUCUCGAUCUGGAAAACCUGUGGCAAGCCCGCAAAAUGAAAAUCGAUAUGUAUCUACGGUUGCGGAUGUUUGAACGAGAUGCGUUGGAAGUCUGUUCUCAGCUUGAAAUGUGGGCAGAAGAACUGCAGCACACAGAUGUGUCGUGUGAUUUUCAGAAAACGGAACAAGUUCUACGAUUGCAUAAUGAAUCCGUUAGUCAAAUGCAAACCACAACAUACCAAAUGAUCAACACCGGCCAAGAGCUUAUGCAGUUGUUUGAGUCGUCUGGAGUGCUACUCAUGGCUGAUCCGCACACGUCUGCACAGACUAGGGUACAGUAUUUGCUAGAAUUUCUUCAUGAUCGCGAACUCGAUCUUGAAGAUUUGGCGGAGGCGAAACGAAUCAAGCUGGAACAGUCUAUGCAACUGUGCCACUUCCAAAAUGAUGCGAAUCAAGUUAUAUCCUGGAUACGUAAUGGGGAAGCAAUGCUGCUAGCGAACUUUUCAAUCCCUAAUAGCUAUCAGGAAGCAGAACAACUGCGUAAACAGCACGAACAGUUUCAGGUUGCAAUCGAGCGCACUCACACGUCAGCUGUACAAGUGAAAUACAGAGCCGAUGCACUCAUGAACGCCAACCAUUAUGAUCCCCAAAGUAUCAAAGACAUUGCGGAUGAGGUUACGAAAAAAUGGCAAAAGCUAGUCACCUGUGCCGAGGAGCGUCACAAACUCGUGACGGCAUCCCUGAACUUUUUCAAAACAGCAGAACAGGUCUGCAGUGUUUUGGACAGUUUGGAAAAAGAAUAUCGCCGAGAGGAAGAUUGGUGUGGAGGAGGAGGAUCGACGGAUAAGGGUCAACAAAUAGUGCAACUCAUAUCGAAACACCAGGAACAGAAGGAAGCUUUUCUUAAAGCGUGUACAUUAGCACGACGCACGGCAGAAACUUUUCUCAAAUAUGCCGCGCGCUCCUUACAGUUCUACCAUAUUAAAACGACUGUAAAUAGUGAAUCUCGAGUUAAAGCGAUACUGGAUAAGUUACUUACUCAAGAAACGCAAGUUCUCGAAUAUUGGACCCAGCGAAAGAAGCGCCUCGACCAGUGUCAGCAGUUUGUACUGUUUGAACGAUCGGCCAAGCAAGCGAUCGAAUGGAUUCAUGACACUGGUGAGGCAUAUCUGUCGUCUAGAAAUAAUAAACUGUGCAGUAGUCGUGAAGAGACUGAAGUGCUUCUGAGGGAGCACAACGAAUUCAAAGGAACAGCAAAGGAAACGCGUGAGCGAGUUAAAUUGCUGAUUCAGCUGGCAGAUUCCUUGGUGGAAAAAGGUCACGCGCAUGCUAGUUCGAUUAAGCAAUGGGUUGCGACUGUUGACAACCGCUACAAAGACUUCAGCAGUCGAAUGGAACUCUACAGGACUAACCUGGAGAAAUCGUUGGGCCUACCUGGUAUACAGCAACAGGAUGACAAUAAUAGUAUUAGUAGUAAUAAUAGUAGCAACAGUAGCCUUAACAGUAAGUCCAUUUCCUCCUCCAUGACCUCCGUUUCUACGGCAUCCACCAGUGGUAUUUCGCCCGCUUCGUCUACAACGGCCAAUGCCUCCGUACUCGAAUAUCGUCAUUCAGAUCCGUCUUUGGAAACCAAACUUAAUGCAGCGGCAGCUAGCGCUGGAUCGGUUGGAGUACCCAAGGAAAUGAAUGAAGAGAAGCGAAAAUCUGCGCGCAAAAAGGAGUUUAUCAUGGCAGAACUAUUGCAAACUGAACGGACCUACGUAAAAGAUCUCGAAACUUGCAUAAAUGUGUUUGUGAGUGAACUAAAAAGUGGCGUUGGUGUGCCGCCCAACCUCGUUGGAAAGGAACACAUCCUGUUUAGCAAUAUCGAAGACAUUUAUCAAUUUCACGAGAAGAUAUUUCUCAGAGAACUGGAAAAGUAUGAAACUAUGCCUGAAGAUGUGGGUCAUUGUUUUGUGACGUGGGCGGCUAAAUUCGACAUGUAUGUAUAUUACUGUCAAAAUAAGCCUCAAUCCAACGAUUACAUGGUUCAAUUUGGCGGAACCUAUUUUGAAGAGAUGCAACGAAAACACAAACUCGAACACUCGUUACCAGCUUUUCUGAUCAAGCCGGUACAACGGAUCACCAAAUAUCAGCUUCUGCUGAAAGAUCUACAAUCGUGCUGUGAUGAAGGCCAGGGUGAAAUCAAGGAUGGUCUCGAAGUGAUGUUAAACGUGCCAAAAAAGGCGAACGACGUGAUGCAUCUGUCACUGCUCGAGGGCUGUGACAUUCCGAUAGACAACCUCGGUGACGUUGUUCUGCAGGAUUCUUUCCUGGUUUGGGACAAUAAACAGAUACUGAUCAAGAAAGGACGGGAGAGGCACGUGUUCUUGUUUGAACUGUACAUUCUGUUCUCGAAGGAGGUCAAGGAUACCAGCGGGACAGUGAAGUACAUCUAUAAGAGCAAACUGCUAACUUCGGAUUUUGGCGUAACUGAACAUAUCGAGGGUGACGAGUGCAAGUUUGCUAUCUGGACUGGUCGUGCUCCCAUGCUAUCCGAUUACCGGAUUGUGCUCAAAGCAAACAGUCUCGAGACAAAGCAAAUGUGGGUGAAGCGAUUGCGUGAAGUGAUACAGGAGACGUAUUUUUCCGGUACUUCAUUUUCACUUCUCAAAUCGCCCGCGAAGGUGGGCAACAAGCAGCUUGGUCAACGCCUCUCCAAGGACAUUGAUGACACGCUGAACGAAAAUGACCAGGACGGUAGCUCACUGGCAAGUUUCGGUUCAGGAAACACCACUGAUAGUGAAAAGGGUGGCUUAACGGAGGUGACGUGGGUGAUAGCGGAUCAUAUUGCCGCUCAAGGUUCCUCGGAGUUGACGGUGACCAAGGGUGCCCAAGUGGAGAUAGUUGACAUGAACUGUUCCGGGGCACCCGAGUUCUGUCUAGUACGGCUACCGAUCAAUUCCACCGACAGCCAGGAGGGCUUGGUGCCAGUGACAGUUCUCAAGCCACUACCCUCGUCGCACAGUAAGCUGAACAACAAGCAACGUGACGCUGAUGCAUUAGGAGAAGUUCCACAAGAGAAUGACUGCAUUUUACCCAAUCAGCACACAUCACCAGUCAACAAACGAAAAGGUUUCAGUGGGAAAAAAUGGCUACCGACUCAAUUGAGAAAACUAUCACACGGAAAAUCUGAUAAACUACCACCGGUAGAUAAGCCGCUUAUUAGCAAGAAAAACUCAGAUAAAAAAGUCAAGGACAAACCACAGGAGGAAGUAGAACCAUCAACGGCUGUCUCUCAGAAUGAGCUAGAAGCCGAAGAAGAGCCCACAAUCGAGUUGCCUCCACCGAUGAAACCAAUCCAGGACGCAACCACGGCACUGACCGGUACACCAUCGUCCACCCUUUCCACGACAGAGGAUCAGUCUUGUACGAGUGCCAAAAUUACAAAAGCUUUAUCACUUAAGUCGCUCGAAGAACCAUCGGCGGUUGUCAAUCAAACCGCCGAUAUGGCUGAGAUUGAGCGAAUAGUUAAGGAGAAAGUCCAGAGUUUUCGCUAUCUGGAAAACGAUUCCACAAUCACUAGUAUUGGUGAAGGAAAUAGCAGCAGUGCGGGUGGAGUAGGUCCAUUGGAAUGUUCGACCGUCGGAGUACCACUAGUGAGUAAUGGAGAAAGUUGCAGUAGCGCCGGCAUGAUUGGAAACUCUAUUCUCGCAAAACCGGCAAUUUCACCUCAGUUUUCCGAGAAUGAGAACAACGAUGAAAAUUUGGCAGAUGAGCAGGGCAUCGAAGACAUUUUGCGGAAACGAAUGUUCGCUUUACGUGAGCUAGUUACCACUGAAGAAGCUUACGUCAAUGAUCUUUCGCAAAUUGUCAAUGGCUACAUUGCGGAAAUUCGAAAUCCGAAUAGUACUGUGCUGAUCCCGGAUGACUUGAAGGGAGGCAAGGAACGGAUGGUUUUUGGCAACAUUGAAGCAAUCUACGAGUGGCACCGAGAUUACUUUUUGAAGUCGCUACAGAGGUGUCUGUUGAAUCCACAUGAGCUCGGACCGUUGAUUAAACGAAGUGAGCGGAAAUUGCAUAUGUACGUUGUGUAUUGUCAGAACAAGCCAGUGUCCGAACACAUUGUGCAGGAGCACAUGAGUUAUUUUGAUGAAUUACGCUUAAAAUUAAAGUAUAAAUUAUGUUUAGGAGAUAUGCUCAUUAAACCUGUCCAAAGAAUAAUGAAGUACGAGUUACUGUUGAAAGAUAUCCUGAAGCAUACUCAGAGGGCCGGUCUCACCGAGGAGAUUCCAGGAUUGAAAGAUGCAAUGCAUAUAAUGCGAGUAGUUCCUAAGGCGGCCAAUGAUAUGAUGGAUGUUGGUCGAUUGCAAAAAUUUGAGGGAAAAAUUACGGCACAGGGCAAGCUACUGCUGCACGGUCCGCUUUAUUGUGUCGAAGGUGCCAGUAGUAGUGAUAAGAAUUCGUACAACACUCAAAAACCGAAGGAACUGCAUGUGUUCUUGUUCGAACAGAACAUUAUCUUCGCGGAAAUCAUCGGUAAAAAGACGCAGUUCACUAGUCCGAGCUACAUUUACAAGGCACACAUACAGGUCAACAAAAUGACUUUGCAGGAUUUAUCCGACCAAACCAACGGUAAUCGAUUUUCGCUUUGCUCAAUCGAUCCACAGCGCACCAGUCUUAGUUUUAUUUGUACCGCGCCAACGAUCGAGCUGCAUACUGAGUGGCUCAACACCAUACGCAACAUUCUGCAGACGCAGAACGACUUUCUCAAAGCAAUACAAAGUCCUAUCGCCUAUCAAAAGGAGCUAACGAAGGACUCAUAAGAAGCAAACAAAAAAAAAAACACACUUAAACGGAAUGAUACAAAUAGAACAACAUAUGCUGAAGCGUAAUUUUAUCAGUUUCAUUUAAGUGAACACAUCUAUUUACAACCGUUUAGAACAAACAGCUCUAGAGUAAGCGUUUAACGGAAAUAGGGCAAGGAAAAAUUAUAUCGAACAUUAUCGUUCCGAUACUAACAAAGUCAGCAGACGACUCACAUGAUGACAAUGUGAAGAAAAAAUCAAACCAAUUUCAUGAAAGGAAACCAACAAAUUUUAGGUAAGGAAGUAAUAAAUAAUUUGUAAUUAUUAUUAUUAUUAUAUAUAGCAAACGAUUAUGAUAAAUGGAUAAAGUGAUGCAGACAAAAAUAAAUUCAUUCUUUAUUGAAGAAAUUAAUUGUCAAAAUUUGAAAUAGAAUGAUAAAUCAGAUGCUUACCAAAAAAUGGUGAUUUGUGGCAAAUUGAACAAAAAAAAUGUAAUAAUGAACUCUACACUAUUAUAUUCGCGAAUGAUAUAACAAAAGAACAACAAACAACAGUUAGAAUAUUGCAGCAGUAACAAAACUAUCAAACUUGGGUAACAAAAUAUAUUUUAUUAACAUGGUUAUAUUCAGAAGGUAAGGCAAACACAGAAACCAGAGCAAAGCGAACAGGAUUAACUAAAAUUAUAGCACAGUAAUAGAAUUAGACUAGCAACAUAAACCAGAACUAUCACAUGGUGAUCAUGUUAUGUUGGCGAAGAAUCUAGCAAAAAGGCGCGAACGGACCGCAGUCAAGAUAGGAGCAUAUUUUUCGAUAAUUUUGAAACUGAAAGCUGCUGAUUAGCGUUUGGCCUUUUAUUUUAUUACGAUCGAUUCGUUUUUGGUUAGCAGUAUUUAUCGGCAGCAGCUAAUACAAUAACGAUAUUUUUUCGCAACGUCCAUACAAUGAUAGAACGAAUUGACUGUUUAUUUUCUGUUCUAUUAAGUAUUACCUCCUGAACUGUACUGAGUAUGCAUCGGUUGAUACAUAUUUUUAUUUCCCGCUAACGCCAAUCGUCGUGGCCUCUUUCUAUGCAAGAGGGUGGUAGCAUUUUCUAGCUCGUAUGUGUGAGUGUGAGUGGAGCAACUUUUUUUUCUGGUGUACUGAAAUUUCAUGAGAUAAGUCAUUAACCUACUGAAAAGUAUUACGAUUUCUUGUUGAACCCGUAACUUGACUGAGAUUUUUAUUUGAACUUUUGAACUUUGAAACCGUUUUUCCUAGCUUAAUUGAAAAAACUCGAAUGGAUCAAAAAAAUAUUAAAACAAUCUUACAAUCAUCUCUCGAAAGCUUAUAUUUGAAAUUCCAUGCAGACUUCCUGAACAACAAUGAACGCAAUUUUUUCUUAGUUAUUCUAACUAUUUAAACAAGUAACUACUACUGUGGCUGUCUCCGUAUAAUUGCCACCAAACAUUCAUUCUGAAAAAAAAAAUUAAUGUGCUUUAAUCGAGCCAAAAAUUAGUCGAUUUUUAUGCUAGGGUUGUUUAUCAGACCGUCACCGGUUGCGUGUGUACUGUAUUGGGACAUAUAUGUAAUGAUGACUUCUAAGUCUAAAAUCUCAUGUUUACUAUCCAGAAGAAACACACUCCGCUUACACGAACAAAUAAUUAAUUCAUUUUAUUGAACUGUGAUUACACAUGAAAUCAGACGAGUGAAAAUCAAUUUCUUAUUUGCGAUAAAUUUCCGCACGGAUAUGAGUUGUGAAUAUAGGUAGGGGCGAGAUGAUCCCGGAGUGCAGUGAGAAAAUCUUUGGUCAAAAUUCUAUACUUUGAUUUCAAGUUGCGUUGUUACUGAAUGAUGGUAGCAAAAGGACAAAUUGAAUACAGGAAGAUUUUGUGGAUUAAAUCAGAACGGAAAGAAGACCGCGGAGAAUGUUCACAGAUGAGAGUUCUGUAAAAAUUUGUGUGAUAAUAUUUACUAGUAAUAUGUUAUGUUUAAUUUAUAAAUUUAUCCUAAUUAUAAAUUAUGGUCACCCAAUUCGCUAUACAAAAGAAAAUAAAAAGGAUAAACCGGUAUAAGAUUCUAUGAAUUAUGAAGAAUCUUCGUGCAUAUAUGAAAAAGUUAUGUGACAAACAGUGAAUAAAAAUGCAUGAAAAUCAUUCAAAGUAA